AAGGGACACAUGUUGAGUAUUGCUGACCAACUUGACUGAUCUUUUUUUUUUCCUUUAGAAUCCAUAACAAGUUGUUUUUUCCUGUGGUUAAGUUAAUGUUAAAAUCUUCAAUCUAACUAUAAAAGCAUUCCUGCAUUUUUACUUUAUAGAAACAUUUUUUUUUUGUCUUGAUAAGCAGUUUCUAGUUUCACAACACAACAAACAAAAUUUGUCUCAGUAGCAACUUUGUGUUCCGGUGCGUCUUCUCACCCCUAACAGCCAGAUUAUGGUGAGAGAUAAUGAUGAGCCAAUGAUGAGACAGCAGUGAAACUCUUAUAUAAAGAGCCCUGGGAGACCCAAACUUUCAGAGCUUAAUUCUCUAGAACUGGCUCAAAGAUGGCGUUCAGGAAUUCCUUCACCUUCACCUUCGUGGUUGUCGUGCUCAUCCUUGUUCCAUCGGUGCUGCUGAAUCCUGCAUUUAAGGACACGUUCAAAAAGAAGUGUUUGGCAUACAAAAAUGACAAAACAACCUGUGAGAAAAUGUGGGUUACCUUCGAAAAAGCCUACGUGGGGAAGCAAAGCAAAGAAGUCCUUCCAGCAAACUACGACACACUCUUCGCAGAGAACCCCUACACGCAUCCAUGUGACAAGACCAUGCUGUGGAGUGGAGUAAGCAGGGAGCCGGGGCAGGAUUUGGUUCACGAGUUCACUGCUAAGAAAAAAACCUAUUUCUGCCUUGAGGACACUUGGUUGGGACACAUUUUGGAUGAUCUGACCUGGUGUGGGAAGAAGAACAGUAAAGAAACAUUCACUGAAUGUGAAAAGGAAAAGCCCAAUCCUGUUUUCUCAUUCUGGGUAAAGGCCUCAGAAAAGAUUGGACAGUAUGCCUGCGGUGAGGUCGUAGUGGUGCUUGAUGGGAGCCGCCAUGAACAGCCAUUCUAUUCUCAGAGUGUCCUGGCAACAACUGAGAUUCCAAAUAUGCGGACGUCUGUGGUGACGAAACUAAUGGUUGUGGUGCUCGUCAAGGAAAACAAGUUUCAGUGCAACAAGCAAUCACUGAAGGAUUUGAAGAAAAUGUUGGAUGAGAAAAAAAUUGCUUACGAUUGCAAGGAAGUGACCGAGACGGACUUCAGGAACUGCAUUAAUAGUAAGAUCUGUGGCUCCCCCUGGUGAAGAAUAUGUACUCAGCAUCAAACUGAACUGUCCUACAAGAGAUAACGCAGCAGGAUAUUUGGUUUAAUUUGUUUUAAUUUCUUUCAAACCUUCUAAUUCGGCCAGAUUUUAAAAAAAGUUUCUCUCAAGUGUCCGACAGUUUGAGAUGUUUGUGACUGAUUAAAGUACACAAUAAA